GUGCCUUGUGUUAUGCAGAGCUUGGAACAAGAAUCACCAAGUCUGGAGGACAUUAUAUCUACAUCUUGGAGACACUAGGGCCUCUGCCAAGUUUCUUAUUCCUGUGGGCAGAGUUUUUUGCUAUCAGGCCUGCCAACAGCGCUGUGGUUUCUUUGGCAUUUGGACGCUACAUGCUGGAGCCAUUUUUUGCGCCCUGUGCAGCACCGGUCCCUGCUGUGAAGCUCGUGUCUCUCCUGGGGUACUACACGGUCCUCACCCUCAACUCCUGGAGCGUCACCUGGAGCGCCCGGCUGCAGACGGCUCUCUCCGUCGUCAAACUCCUGGCUCUUGCCCUCAUCAUCGUGCCAGGGAUGAUGCUGCUGGCCCAGGGCCACACCGAAAACUUCCAGGACGCUUUUGACAGACAGUCGCUGGUUUUGGAUAAGCUGCCCCUGGCUUUUUAUGCAGGCAUGUUCGCAUAUUCAGGCUGGUUUCAGACCAGCUUUGUGCGUGAAGAGUUGGUCAGACCUGAACGAAAUAUCCCCCUGGCUGUCAUUGUGUCCAUGAUCACGGUAAUUGUGGGGUACAUGCUCACCAACGUCUCCUACUACACAGUCCUGGGAACGCAAGACGUUCUGGCUUCUCCUGCUGUAGCUGUGAGCUUUGUGCAGCGAGCCUUCAAAAGCCUGAUCUCUGUGGUCCCUGUCCUUGUCGCACUGUCCUGCUUUGGAACCAUGAAUGGAGGGAUCUUCACGUUUUCAAGGACUCUCUUUGUGGCUUCCAGGGAAGGACAGUGGCCUCCUCUCUUCUCCAUGAUCCACAUUCGAAGGCACACACCCCUUCCUGCUGUCAUGUUAAUGUUCCCUUUGGUUACUGCCAUGGUGUGUAUCGGAGAUAUCUACCAUCUAAUGAACUUCUUCAGCUUUUCCCGAUGGCUCUUCAUAGGAUUAGCCACCCUCGGGCUCAUUGUCCAUCGCCACCGUCACCCGGAGCUGCACAGCCCGUUCAAGGUUCCCCUGUUUGUUCCUGUCUCUUUUACCAUCAUCUGCCUCUUCGCUGUGGCAAUGUCUUUCUACUCAGACCCUGUGAACAUUAGCAUUGGAUGCACCAUGGUUUUAAGUGGUUUUCCAGUCUACUACCUUAUAAUCCACAGGCAAAUGUUGAAUCGUUGCCGUAGCCUGUUUUAUUAUCUUACACACAAACUACAGUUACUGCUGGAAGUAGUCCAACAAGAAAUCAAGACUUAUUGAGAAAACCACCAGAACUCACAGGAGAAGAUAAAAUCUACUUACUCUGUUUCUGAUACCUCUGAUCCUACCAAAAGC